ACCCAAAACAACCACACCUCACGUCGACAACAUGCGAGCAAUCCCGGCUUGCUAAUCAUCAGCAAUUCUCAUCAAUCACACUGCAACACCCCUCGCUCAUCAUUCCCAUCUCGCUGGGAAGCCGCGAAAGGCCGGUGACGUGGAACAGACUGGAGCUGCUGUCCUCCCUCUGUGGCGCCGCCGGCUGACAUCCGGCUCUCCCGAAAGUGAACAACCCCGAGCAUUGCGCACCCGUCGACUUCUUUCUUCUCCCCAGGACCGGCCGGUGCAUUCAUCACUCCUAACCUCCAUCAUCCCAAGCCAUCACCAUGGAUCUCCGUCAGCCCAACCUCAACAGCUGGCCCGCGAAGCUGGUCAUGCGAGCCGGCAAGACCUUCCGCUCCCAGAAGCCCAUUGAUGAAAUCGUCGUCAAGGAAAAGGAAAAGAAGUCCGACCAGAAAAAGGCCGUCCUCCGCAAGAAGCGCCUCGACAAGAUUGGCUAUGUCCCGCGGCCUGGAGAACCUGGCCACCAGAAGACUAAUGAGAUGGGCGAGUAUGAUUACGGCCCCUGGCCCAUCACGCAGGAGGCUUCGUUCGUCAAGAACAAGGAUCAUACUGAUAUGAUGCAUCGUCUCGCGCAUAAUGGCUCCUUUGACUCGCUUGUUGAUCAAGUCAUGGAUUCCGAUCGGCUCAAGGAUCCCUACUUUGACUCGACGCAAUCCCCGCGUCAACGGGAGGAAUUCAACGCCCAGGCCGCGGAGAAUGUUCGACAGAUGGCCGCGCUGCCGGCCGGUCUAUGGCUGCUCAUAGCCUCCUACCUGGAACUUGCCGACGUCGCGAGCCUCACCAUAUCCACGAGUGUCCUCUACCACAAACUCGGGCCGGAUUACCUGCACGCACUAAACGAGCCGGAGAAUCGACAUCAGAAAAUCGAAUUCCUGAACCACCUCGAACCCGACAUGCCCCAUCAUCUCCUCUGCUUCCCCUGCCGCAUCUACCACGUCCGCUCGAACCCCGGCAAGGAGAGCCUCAAAAUCGACUAUGUCGCCAAUCCGCUCUACCGGUGUCCCAGCGUGCGCGACACCGUCCUGCCCCGCAUGCGCAUCACCCACGGCCGCGAACUGCCCUACUCCUACGUGCAGCUUGCCCUGCGCAGCCACAAACACAGCCCGCACCACGGCAUCAAACCCGAGGCGCUCGGCCGCCGCUGGAAAUGCAAAGACAGCGACUGGUCGCACCGCACGCAAUACAUCGUCGUCGACGGCCACCUGCUCAUGCGCGUCGUCAGCCAAUGCAUCGCGCCGCCCGCGCCCGCGCAAACGGAAACCAGCCUACGCCACAUGCUCUACGACCGCGAGGAGUACAUCCCCUUCUUCUCCGUCUGCUCGCACUGGCGCGACGGCGACCUGCUGCCCAUGUGCAAGUGCGCCCUCUCGCACGUCCCCGCCCCGCCGCGCAGCUACUACCAGCAGCUCAAAGAGGCGCCCAAACUCAGCCGCAGCGCCGCCAACCCCAACUUCAUCGUCCAAGGCUGCGACGACUGCCGCCCCGCCCGCCGCUGCCCGGAAUGCCCGUCGGAAUACCUCAUCGAGACGGUCAUGAUGGAGGACACUAAGGAUCCGAUUGUGCGCUUCAAGCACGCCCUGCGCGUCACCCGCUGGUCGGACCUGGGCGAUGGUAAAAGUCCCUACACCAGCCCCGAGUGGGCGGCGAUCAAGGGCUUGACGGCGGCGAAUUCGGGCGUCGAGGCCUACGAUAGUUUCAGCCAUAUUGGGCGCCGGGCGGUGGCGGGCAUUUUCGAGAGCAAGGUUUGUGGGCACAUUCCCGGGCAGCGCAUGGUUUCGAUGAAUCCCAAGAAUGAAAAGUAUGGUGAGGAAGGGCACGGGUGGUAUUGAUCUAACUGGGAGAGGGGAGUUGGUGGUGUUGGAUUUGCUUUGUUAUGAUUGGGCAAAGGACGGAUGAAUGUAAUGUCUUCUUCUACACAAACGACUCUGGAGAUCUAAUGUAAUGACGAGAAAAUCAUCCCACGUUCGCGGAUAGCAGAGGGUGACUUUCCCAUCUUCACAAGCG